AUGUCAGCCAUAGCCAUGUUCAAGCAGUCCAGAAUCUUGUUGUCAUGCUGCAACAGCAAUCUCCCCACGCUUUGUGUUUCCGGCCAGAUAUCGAGAACAUCACCACUACCAACUCACGCACAUCCGAGCCAGGCAUCCCGUUCUUACCAACAGUGCCGUUCAUAUGCCAUUGUUUCUGAUGGGCACUGCGGACACGAACAUGGCGACCUCCGCUGGCCGGAAGUGACGUCCGCAAACCGCCUUCCGACUCCCUACCAGAUUUUCAACCAGAAAAAGGGAUCGCCUUAUUCUAAGCAAAGGUUUUACGAGCUUGUCAAGAUGUAUCAUCCCGAUCGGCAUCAUCACAACUCGCCCGACGGACUGUCAUAUGCGACUAAGAUCGAGAGAUAUCGAUUGACCAUCGCUGCCAACGAUAUUCUGUCCGAUCCGGUCAAACGAGGCGCUUACGACUGUUAUGGAGCAGGAUGGAAUGGUCAGCCAAAUGUGGUUCGAGACCCUUCGGAGUCGUGGUCCAACAAUGGAAAGGGCUGGGGGGAUGAUGGCCGAGGUCCAAGCCAGAAUGCGACGUGGGAAGACUGGGAAAAUUGGUACAAACGGGAUGGGGAAGGUCCUCAAGAACCGACGUAUGUUUCAAACGGGGCUUUUGUUGGCUUGAUCGUUAUAUUUGCCGCCAUUGGUGGAAUUGGCCAGUUUACCCGAGUUGGGAAUUAUUCGUCAACCGUCCUUGAACGCAGAGAUGCGCUGCAUGAUCACGUCUCCAAAGACCUAAUGCGUCGGCGGAGGGACACGACAAAUGACUACGGACAUCGGGAACAGAGGAUCCAUUCUUUCCUAAGACAGAGAGAUCCACAUGGAUACGGCCUGAUAGAUCCGGUAGAUGAGAGCUACCGCAGACUGCUACCAAAUUCCGAGACUUGCUCGAGUGAGGAUAUCAAAGGUCGAUCAACAGGAAUUUAUCAGCAAAAAAGCAACCCUAAAGAUGGGUAG